AUGUCGGAUGCACGUAGACGAGCUACUAACCGUCAAGCAGCCGAACGAUGUCGCCGUUCUAAGGUUGCUGCUCGUGAUGAAUUAGCAGAACGUCUGGCUGACCUUCGCUUACAAAGGCAGGCACUGAAUAAGCGUCUGGUCAAAGCUCGUCAACGUAAACGUGAUACAAGAGAUAAUCUUACUGAAGAACAAAACCGUCUGUUGCAUAUGUUGCAUGACUCUAAUGGUUGCACAUUAAAACCUUCCGAUUGGCGCAUUCAUCUAACUACAGAAGAUGAAAUUGUGGUUGUAUCAGUUGGACAUUAA